AUGUUGGGGAAUGCAAGCAAUGCAGUACAUCAGGACUACCGUACAGGCUGUUGGCGCAGCGCCUGGAAAUCAAAACUGCGUACGCCCAGAGGGGGGGAAAGGAGAAACAACAGGCCAACCCCAGGUCAGUCCAGUGCCAAGGCUGGCCCAUGCGGGUCUGUGGGGCUGCCAAGCUCGGAGGAGGCCACAUCUCGCAGGGCUCUGAAGGCGGAGCAGGGGCUCAUGCCCAGCGUCCCCUCCCGUCCCAGGCUGGACUCAUGCUUGAGCCCCUGUACAGCCGGGGCAGCAGCGCCAGGGCCGCGCACGCUGGGCGUAAUCUGCGCCGCCCAGUCAGCAGGCACCUGA